AUGGACGUGGGGGCUCUCUCUUCCCAGCAGCUACGUGACUGGUACUCUCGGUACUGUCGCGGCCUCCGGGGUGCUGCUGGAGCUGCCGGCGUUCGUCCUGCUGGAGGUGCUGCUGGUGCUGCUGGAGGUACUGGAGCUGCUGGUGGUGCUGUGGGUACAGGAGCUGCUGGGCCUGGAGGUGCUCCUGGCACUGGAGCUGCUGGCGGUGCUGGAGCUGGCGGUCCUGCUGGUGUUGGCACUGGAGGUGCUGCUGGCGCUGGUGCUUCUGAGGGUGCUGGAGUUGGCGCUGCUGGAGCUGGAGGUGCUGCGGGCGCUGGUGCUGCCGCUGGGGGUCCUAGCGCUGUCCGUGCUGUUUCUGGAGUCGCUGCGCGGCCGCGGCCGUACUUCGUUCCGCUCCUUGAGCAGGUUCUUGGUCUCCCGCUUUCUACUGGUCCUCCUCCUCCCUUAGAGUGUCCACAGCCUGACCAGUUGCAGUCACAGUUACAGCCCGCCUCCCCACUGCCUGCUCCUUCUCCCUACACUGGUCCUACUGGAGGUCUUGCUGAGCGUCGUGCGCCUGCGUCUCGUUCUGCGUCGCCUGUUCGUACUGCUCGCACUAGUCGUCGUGUUCCGCGUCAUCGUCCUCCUGCGGUCCCGGGCACGCACCAGAUGGCACUGCGUCCUUCCACUGCUCCGCAGCGUGUCCCUUUGCCGUCUCCUCCUGAGUCCUCUCUUCCUGCUCUUGCUGACCCGGAGUCGGACUCUCUUCGUGCUGCCAGUCCUACUGUCACGCGUCUCCUGGCUACUGUUGUCACUGACCCUUCCUUUGAGUCCACUGCUGCGUCUGCCUUAGUUGCUGAGCUUGUCGACUUCGCUGCUCACUGUCGUCUAGACUACGCUGCUAGUCUUGUUGCUGAGUCUGAGUCUGUCUGUCCUCCGUCCGUCGGGGGUGAGUGUGCUCUUAGCACGGACGUCCUUGAGGACAGGCAGGAGGAGUUCCAGUGUUUUGCUGCUGCUUUGCCUCAUCUCGUGUCCAUGCUGAUUGCCCCUGAGGGAGACCCGGAUGCACUAGACAUCCCGACUCCUCGAUCGUACGCUGAGGCGAUCGAGGGUCCCUACUCCUCACAGUGGCAGUCAGCCAUGGACGCAGAGAUGGCUUCCUGGAAGUCCACAGGCACCUACGUCGACGAGGUUCCCCCACCUGGGGCGAACAUCGUCAGUGGCAUGUGGAUUUUCAGGGUGAAGCGGCCGCCGGGUUCUCCGCCUGUCUUCAAGGCGCGUUACGUGGCUCGAGGCUUCAGUCAGCGGCAGGGAGUUGACUACUUUCAGACCUUCUCUCCCACCCCGAAGAUGACCACUCUUCGGGUGCUGCUGCACGAAGCCGCUCAGCGCGACUACGAGCUUCACUCUCUUGACUUCAGCACAGCUUUCUUGCAGGGCAGCCUGCACGAGGAGAUCUGGCUGCGCCGCCCACCUGGCUUCACUGGGUCGUUCCCCCCUGGUACCCAGUGGAGCCUCCGGCGGCCAGUCUACGGUCUCCGCCAGGCGCCCCGUGAGUGGCACGACACACUGAGGACUACACUUGCGGCUCUUGGGUUUGCUCCUUCUACUGCCGACCCGUCGCUGUUUCUACGCACCGACACCUCUUUGCCGCCGUUCUACAUCCUCGUGUACGUCGACGACUUGGUCUUUGCCACUGCUGACACUGCUGGACUCGCCCACGUGAAGUCCGAGCUGCAGAAGAGACAUACGUGCACAGACUUGGGUGAACUGCGCAGCUACCUUGGCUUGCAGAUCACCCGGGACAGAGCACAGCGCACCAUUACCCUGACUCAGUCACACAUGGUGCAGCAGGUCCUUCAGCGCUUCGACUUCACGUACUCCUCGCCUCAGGCCACUCCUCUGUCUACCCGCCACUCGCUCUCAGCUCUGCCUUCGGAUGAGUCCGUAGAGCCGAGUGGCCCGUACCCAGAGCUUGUUGGCUGCCUCAUGUACCUGAUGACCUGCACUCGACCUGACCUUGCAUACCCUCUUAGCAUCUUGGCACGCUAUGUUGCUCCUGGGAGACACCAACCAGAGCACAUGGCUGCAGCAAAGAGGGUGUUGCGCUACUUGUGCAGUACGUCGGGCAUGGGGCUAGUGCUUGGAGGGCGGCGUUCAGUGGUCCUCACAGGUCACGCAGACGCUUCUUGGGCUGACGACCAGGCUACGCAGCGGUCGUCACAGGGUUACACCUUCAGCCUUGGCUCUGGCUCUGUUUCGUGGCGGUCUACCCGCUCGUCUUCUGUUCUCGGCUCCAGCUGUGAGGCUGAGAUCUACGCGGGGGCCAUGGCUGCACAGGAGCUACGCUGGCUCACCUACCUGCUGACUGACCUAGGAGAGCUGCCUCGUUCUCCUCCAGUUCUGUACGUAGACAACAAGGCCAUGUUGGCCUUGUGUCGGGAGCACAGACUGGAGCACAGAACGAAGCACAUUGCUCUUCGCUACUUCCUUGCUCGUGAGCAGCAGCGUGGUCAGCUACGCCUUGCUUACGUGGCCUCUCAGGCCAACACUGCUGAUAUCUUUACCAAGGCACUUCAGCCUUGUGAUCAUCAGCGCUUUUGUACGAUGCUAGGUCUUGUGCCUACCUGGCCUCACUUGCUUACUUCUUGA